AUGAAAUCUAAUGCCCCCUGGGCUCCUCCCAUUACAAUUGAGAACAAGCCGGUUAAAGCUAGCGACAGCGUCGAUGAUAUUGAAGUCAGCGUUGCCCUCUCUACCGCGCUGCUCCUCCCCCAAGAUCUCAAUCGCAAUGCCGAGAUGAGCGAGUAUGAGAACUUUGCUCUGAUGUUGCAACGCUCCGCCCAAGCGAUCCAGCAUGGCCACUCCUUUGCGAUGCAGGCAUUUGCCAUCAAGAAGGAGUUGGAAAAUAAAACCAAGGAGGCUGCAAGCUUGCAGAGGGCCCUUAACAAGGCUGAGGGCAAACUAAAGGGCUUGACAGAUCAGGUUGAGGCAGCCAAGAAGGCCCAGGACGAGGCCGAAGAAAAGGCUAAUGCUGCAGAUGCCAUUGCCAAGGUCCUUGCGGCCGAAAAAAAAGAGGCCGAGGCAAAGCUGGUUGAGGCCCAAAAAGAGCUUCAGGAUGCCCUGGCCACAAAGGACUCCCCCCUCAAGAAUGUCGGCGACCUCCCCCUGCCAUUCCCCCCUACUCCAAGCCAAUCCAAAGACGAUUCUGAGUCCGAGAAGGAAGCUUUGGUCAGGAAAAAGAAGGAAGUUGUUGUGGCCAAGUCCCCUACUCUGAAUGAGCAAGUUGUGGACAUUUCUCAGGAUGAGGAGGGUGAGGUCUCCAAAGAUGCCACUCCUGAGAAGACAACAUCGAGCGCGCUUAUCACCGAGCAAAGCAUCGACCAGACUCUUCAAGAGAUUGAUGCUGAGCUCGUGGCUAAAAAGGCCGCCGAGAUGUCUUCCCAACUGUCUUCUGAACCUCAGACCCAACCAGCCAAAGACGCCAAAUAG